AUGGGGGGGAGUGGGGGCAACUGGGAGCUACUGGGAGUGUCCCGAGGGACCACGGGGCCGGGGCCGGGCCCGAGCGGGAUCCAGCGGGGCCGGGACCGGGGCCGGGACGAUGCGAGCAAGAAGAAGAAAUACAACGCGCGGUUCCCGCCGGCGCGGAUCAAGAAGAUCAUGCAGACGGACGAGGAGAUCGGGAAGGUGGCGGCCGCCGUCCCCGUCAUCAUCUCGCGGGCGCUGGAGCUUUUCCUGGAGUCGCUGCUGCGGAAGGCUUGUCACGUCACCCAGUCCCGCAACGCCAAGACCAUGACCACCUCCCACCUGAAACAGUGCAUCGAGCUGGAGCAGCAGUUCGACUUCCUGAAGGAUCUGGUGGCGGCGGUGCCCGACAUGCAGGGGGAGGGCGAGGAGCCCCACGGCGAGGGCGAGCGCGGACCCCGAAGGGGGCGCCGCCCGGGCGCCGGCCGGAAGAACGGGGGUCCCGGGGCGAAGGGGAAGGACCCCAAACAGUCGGGGACGGACUCGGAGCAGGAGGAGGACUCUGAGGACAGCGACAGCGACGGGGAAGAAGAGACGCCGCAGCCCCCCCCCCGCCCGCCCCCCCUCAAUUUCACCAGCCCCGGGGUGCCCUUCGCGCCGCUGGGACCCCCAGCGCUCCCGGGGGGGCUCCCGGGGGGGCUCCCCCCAGCCCCUGGCCCCCCCCGCGCCCCCGAGGAGGAAGAGGAGGACGAAGACUACGACUCCUAGCGCCCCCGCCCAGUUUUUUGCCCGUUCUCCCAGGAUUUCAACC